UUUUUGGGGGGGCCGGAAAACCCAAAAAAAUACGCCCUAAAACUUCUURUUUCCAACAUCGUCUUAGACCCAUAAUCUCUAAAGCAAAGUUGUUUCAAAUGUUUUGUAGAAAAUUUCUCCAAAACGCGAUUUAUCCAUUUUUUUUGGCUCCUUGUAAAUCAACCCGCUCUAAUGUGCAUAUUUUUAAUUUUGGAUAUGCUUUAAGUUUAUCAUUUUAUGACCUGUUGAUUUUAACAUUAUCCAUUUCGCGCAUAAAAAUUUUUGAUGCACGACUURAAGGCCCAUAAAGGUGAUAUCACACGAACCCAUCAUGGCGUGUGUCCAGGAAUAGAAUGUAGUUUAGUGGCUAGUGAGUAGACGCAUAAAUAUUAUUUUUAUUUUUAUUAUUUUUACGCAUUCCUAACUGUAAUCAACUUUUCCAUGCGCGCAUAGGAGUGUGUAGAACAAACGUGGCAAAAUAGAUCAUGAGUUUAUCGCAAUUACUAUUUUUAUUUUUUUUUAUAUUAUUAUGUAUUUUUAAUUAUCAUAAUCAGCUAAUCGAACAUUACAAUUCAAUUGAGUCUUUUAAAUGGAAAAUUGAUAUGUCGACUGAAAGGCUGGUGGACUUUGAGCCAAUGUACGUUUGAUAAGUGUAUGGAAAUAGUUGGUUAGGUGGAUAUUAUGAAUGAAUUAUGAAUGACCUUACUGAAGUAACUAACGCGUAAACAAUUUUUUAUAAUUUAACUUUUAAUUUUUAACUGCCAGUUUUAUAAUUCUGGACUCUAUAAAUUCCUUAGAUCGCUAACGAAACAAUUUUCCAGUUGCGAAGCCCUUUCCUUCUAAUUUUUUAAAUAAAAAAAAAAAAUGAUGAUAAAAAAAUAAAGGYAGCAUUUAAUGACACACACGUUGGCUUGGCUUCUGACCUGAAAUAUAUAAUAUAUAUUCAAUAUAUAUAUAAGUAUUUACAUACAACAACUACUGUGCGAUAUAUUGUGGUGCGAAACUGGGCCACACAGCUGUGCAAAAAAAUUAAACAAGAGUAGAAUUUCAAUUUACAUUAGGAACUAUUUAGCCAUCCGCCUUUGCUCUCACGCAUUUCAAAGCAGACGACGCUCUACUUGAGCGUUUUUAGGCUUUYAGGCGUACUCACUGAGUGCCGGCAAUGCUUGGAAUCACUCAUUUUGCAUUAUAUGACAGGAAAAUGCCUCCCUUUGACGCUUUGCCCACGAAAGCGCUGCACACCCCUGAAAUCGCUACUCACUACUAGAGUUUAGUUAGUUGAACGGCAGGCGACAACGUGUGUGCUUAACAGUAUAACUGAAUGGCUGGCGAACUUAGGGAAAAAAUACCUACGAAAACAUAGUGCAUAAGUUGAAUGAAAAUUGCAGAGAAAUAAGCGUUUACUAAAGUAAAUACAAAACAAAUAAUUUAUUAAUAAAUAAUACAACUGAAAGCAGGAAAAAAACACGUGAAAUCCGCAGGCUGAACGAUUGUUUGGCGACAGAUUGAAAAAAAUCGAUUUUUGUGCGUGAACAAGGCACGGACAAAGUGCGCGCAAGGCGGCGGAGCUAUUUAAAAAUACAUACUUCACACACACACACACACACACGCACACUAGGAGAGAGACGCACGUCGUCAACACAAGUCAAUUGCAUUUUGUUGGUAAAAUUUUCAAAAACUAAACCCAAAACUGAUUUAUUAUUAAGCAUGGCGCAAGCAAAUAUACACUUCACCCCGCUGCCUCAAGCCCCCAGCUGCGGGCGGCACAGUGCCGGCGAAUGCAGAAGCAACAACUGCAGCGGCAAACUCGRCGACGCCAAAGAGCCGGUCGCUACGCCCGCCACUGUGCUGCUGGAUAAGCGCUUCUCGCGGCAAGUGCAGGGUGUGUAUCCGCUGCAACGUCAGGACGUGCUGAAGUGGUACGGCUGGGGCUACAAAGACUCACAGUUCUAUGUGGACAAUGGCAUCAUCGGCUUCAAGGGUGACAAGUAUCCACUUGAAGGCUGCAUGUUGCCCUACUUCACCGAAUGGGUUUACAGCAAAUUCAAUUUGCGUAUCGAGAAGAAUUUACCCUCUCCGAAAAUGCCUACCGAGUUUCCGGCACCCACCGUGAAUGCGCCCUUCGUGCGCGAACUCGAAGCAACUAAGUUGACAAGCUCGCAGUSUGGCGAGGACCGCCUCAUACGCUGUCACGGCCAGACGCUGCACGAUAUCUACUAUCUUUGGCGCAAUGAAUUCAAGCGUAUUCCCGAUAUAGUCGUCUGGCCACAAAGUCACGAGGAUGUGGUGCGGCUUGUGGCGCUCGCAAAUAGGCAUAAUGUUGUGGUUAUACCGUAUGGCGGYGGCACCUCAGUGUCUGGCUCAAUUACUUGUCCGCAAGCGGAGCAACGCAUGAUCUGCGUGYUGGAUACGUCACAGAUGAAUCGUAUGCUGUGGCUGAAUAAAGCCAAUUUGACUGUGUGCUUUGAGGCGGGCAUUGUGGGACAGGACUUGGAGCGCGAAUUGCAAAGACUCGGUUUGACGGUAGGUCAUGAACCGGACAGUUAUGAGUUCUCCACACUUGGUGGUUGGGUGGCAACACGCGCCUCUGGCAUGAAGAAGAACGUCUACGGCAAUAUUGAGGAUUUGGUGGUGCGUGUGCGUAUGGUGACUGCGUCUGGAGAGGUGCUGGAGCGUGAGUGCAUGGCGCCGCGUGUAUCGUGCGGUCCGGAUUUCAAUCAUGUGAUAAUGGGCUCCGAAGGCACACUCGGCGUUGUGACUGAGGUGGUAUUGAAAGUGCGUCCACUGCCCGCCGUGAAACGUUAUGGYUCGCUGGUUUUUCCCGAUUUCGAGAGUGGCGUACAAUUUAUGCGGGAAGUUGCGCGUCGCCGCUGCCAACCGGCGUCAGUACGGUUAGUGGAUAACGAACAAUUCGUUAUGGGACAAACACUGAAGCCASUGCGAGGCUGGUUGGCUGGUUUGCUGGAUUCCUUGAAGAAAACCUACAUCACGGCUUGGAAGGGUUUGGAUUUAACGAAAAUGUGUGCAGCAACUUUGCUAUUUGAGGGCAAUGAGGAAGAUGUGCGACGCGAGGAGGCGCUCAUUUAUCAGAUUGCAAAGCAGUUCAAAGGAUUUCCGGCAGGUGGUGAUAAUGGCGAACGUGGCUACAUACUAACAUUCGUCAUAGCGUACAUAAGGGAUUUCGCAUUGAAUCAAGAGAUCGUAGCAGAGUCCUUUGAGACAUCUGUGCCAUGGGACCGCUGCAGCUCGUUGUGUCGGAAUGUGAAGCGUCGCGUGGAAGCGGAAUGUCACAAGCGUAGCAUUAAGAACUUCAUCAUUUCCUGUCGCGUAACGCAGACCUACGAUGCCGGCGCUUGCGUUUACUUCUACUUCGGCUUUAGGCACACCGGCAUUGUCGAUCCUGUCGCCACAUUCGAGCAGAUUGAGACGGGUGCGCGCGACGAGAUACUCGCCUCGGGUGGCUCGCUGUCGCAUCAUCAUGGCGUUGGUAAAAUACGCAGCCAAUGGUACGAGAAUACCGUUUCAAAACCCGGCAGUGCACUGUACCUGGCGGCGAAAAGACAACUUGACCCGAAAAAUAUUUUCGCCGCAGGGAAUUUGCUGACCGAGGAGCAGUGGUUGGCGGCGAGCAAAAAGAGUGUCGUAGAAGUGCCGCCGYAUCAAACCACCGUUGAGUCGAGUUCAUUAGUUAAGGCGAAACUAUAAAGUUCGAGUAUCAACCGAAAUGAAACCACAGAUWAGAGACAUUAGUUUUAGGUUGGCUUUAGUGAAAUGUAGUGGAAUUAACUCAAAAAGUUUGUCAAUUUUUUACUUUUGUAUUAUCGCUAGUUUAACAUGAGUGUUGUUGUACAUAAACUUAAUUUGCUUACUUAAUUAUUUAAUGUUGUGUUUAAGGAMUUCMAUUCUGUCUUACUGUAUGGAAUAUACUGUUAUAAUGGGUGAUUUUCUAGUUCAAACGUAUGGUUCAUAUUUAUUACACUAGUUUACACUAACUAAUUUUUAUUAUUCCUCCUUACUGGCAUAUGGAUAUACCGAGAUUCCAUAAGCACGAUUAGAAAAGGUGUUUGAAGUUUUCUAGUACAGAAAAAAUAAAAUAAGAUCCACUAUAAAUAUAAA